GACUGAAGGAGAGAGCGAGGUGGGAGGGGCGCGCCAGGAGGCUUCUGCGCAUGCGCGCUGAGGCCUUCCUGACCGACCUUCAGCAGGGUUGGGGCUACCAUGUUCUCUCGCGCGGGCGUAGCUGGGCUGUCGGCCUGGACCUUGCAGCCUCAAUGGAUUCAAGUUCGAAAUAUGGCAACUUUGAAAGAUAUUACCAGGAGACUAAAGUCCAUCAAAAACAUCCAGAAAAUUACCAAGUCUAUGAAAAUGGUAGCAGCAGCAAAAUAUGCCCGAGCUGAGAGAGAGCUGAAACCAGCUCGAAUAUAUGGAUUGGGAUCUUUGGAUACUGUUUAAGGCAAAUGGACAGAAUGAACUAGCACCCACACAGUCCUCGAUCUGAGGACAGCAGCCAAUAAGAGUGUUUCUUCUUGUCUUCAAGGAAGACUUGAUCAACAGAUGAAAAGUGAGGUUGCUACGCUAACAGCAGCUGGGAAAGAAGUUAUGCUUGUUGGAAUUGGUGACAAAAUCAGAGGCAUACUUUAUAGGACUCAUUCUGACCAGUUUCUGGUGGCAUUCAAAGAAGUGGGAAGAAAGCCCCCCACUUUUGGAGAUGCGUCAGUCAUUGCCCUUGAAUUAGGCUCCAUCAUCUUUAAUCGAUUCAGGUCUGUCAUCUCCUAUAAGACAGAAGAAAAGCCCAUCUUUUCCCUUAAUACCAUUGCAAGUGCUGAGAGCAUGAGUAUCUACGAUGAUAUUGAUGCUGAUGUGCUACAAAAUUACCAAGAAUACAAUCUGGCCAACAUCAUCUACUACUCUCUGAAGGAGUCCAGCACUAGUGAGCAGAGUGCCAGGAUGACAGCCAUGGACAAUGCCAGCAAGAAUGCUUCUGAGAUGAUUGACAAAUUGACAUUGACAUUCAACCGUACCCGCCAAGCUGUCAUCACAAAAGAAUUGAUUGAAAUUAUCUCUGGUGCUGCGGCUCUGUAA